UGGUCCCGCUUCUUGGAAAACACCCGACCGCGGCUGCCCGGCGGGGCCGAUCCCAGAUAAGAUGAGAUCUUGUUAAGCGCAUUUGCCCUGAAGCCAACCUGUCAGGGGCGUCAGGCGCGGUGUCCAGGGGCCUAUGCCCGCUGAAGUGCGUCAGUGUCAGGGCUGAAAUUUUGGGUAGUGUCGGGGGAUAGCUUGAGAUAGCACCGAACGGUUGGCACAUGGAAGGAACUUUUGCGCGAUUCAUCUCUUGUCAACAACAUCAUCGCCAGCCUUCCAGAGACUGUCAAUCCCUUUCAAUUGGCUUUCUGCGAAGCCGCUCAAUGGGCCUGAGAUGAGCAGUCGCCGGGUCCUGGGCUUCACUGCCGAGCAAGCGCAUAUCUGCAAUCGCAAUGGCAUCUACCCGGUGCAGUCACAGAAACCGUCUAUCAGGAUCAUGACGGCAGCAGCACAAUGGCGAGUUGCUGCUGGACAGCACGCCAGAACAUCUCAACUCUUUUGUCGAGCCAUCCACACUAGUCACAUCAAUGCCCGAGAAUGGACAAUAACCGACCCCAAACCACCAUCUCCCCCAAAUCGACCACAUCAUCUACCCGGCCCCGCCCAUAAGAAGCUCUCCCCGAUCGCCGAACGAACCCGUUCCCUUAUGCGCCUCUUCCCACAUUCCGUUGUAGUAUGCACCUCUACCGAUACACAUACGCAUAACCAUUCCUUGCAGUCGCACAGGCCUCAUAAGCCGACCAUGCGCGGCAUGACCAUGUCCUCUCUCACCUGCCUCGGCCUUUCCCCCUCGCCCAUUGUCAGCUUCAACAUCACCCACCCGUCCCGGACACUGGACGCAUUGCGCGCCAGCAGGCGGUUCAAUAUCCACAUCCUUGCUGAUGACAUCGCGGGCGCGGCGAUUGCGGACUGGAUGACCAGGGGAAACAGCGAAGGGCCAGAAAAGGUGUUCAGAGGGCUGGAGAGUGAAUGCGGGUGUUUGGUUGCCAACCAUGAGGCGAUGGAUAUGCGUAGGGACGAUGGAGAGGCACCCCUACUGGAUGGGGAUGGAGUGCUCUAUAUAAUGAAGUGCAGGGUAUUGGAGGAGCCUAUGACGGGCUUCGUCCCCGUCCGGGAUCACGUUAUUGUGCUGGGAGAGGUCGAGGAGAUUGUCGAGGGGCUUGGUGUUAGGCGCGGAGCAGAAGAAGGGAAAGAGAUGAACUCGUUGGAUCCUGCUGAACUGGAGAAGUCCGAGGGAAAGGGUAUAGACGGAUACCAGUUCGGACUAGUGUAUGCCGACAGAAGGUAUAGACAGUUAGGGAACUGUAUAGUCCCGCUGCAUGGUCCAGUUAGGAGUACUCACGAGGACGAGCCUGUGAAGAACGCCAGUAGUAGGAUUAGUACACUUCCCGAAACAACAAACUCUUAACCAAACAACCGAAACGCAAGUCAAUGUGUGAACCAAUACGGCAUGGGCGGCCUGUACUCAUCACUAGGGGCACUCGAAGGAUUGCAAAGCAAGUAGGUAGGCAGCCAACGCGGUCUGUUUUAUGCGAACGUUUCCUCCCUAAAUAUGACCCUCAAAUAGUAUCUUUCCAGCCCCAAUCGCGACUCGAGAAGCGCUCAGGGCGAGUCAGCACCGGUAAGAGACAUAACGCCGAAAAUGAUCUUCCAUUGACCCGUUAAUCCGCCUGUAUCCCAGAGCUAUAGAUGCAUUCUUGAGUGAUACAUUUACUCGCCCUUCUGGACACCCUUGAUACCGACGAGCUCGGUCUCGAA